AUGGCAGCCGAAUUCCUUGCGCUCCAAAAACAGGAAAUCUGGCAACUGGUUCCUGCUCCCGUAAACAAGCAAAUCUUGGGGUGUAAAUGGAUGUAUCGAACGAAACUUCACGCCGAUGGCAGUGUGGCUAGGUUCAAGGCAAGACUGGUUGCUCAGGGAAACCGGCAAGAAUACGGCCUGGACUACGGUGAAACAUUCAGUCCCGUGGCAAAACUUCCCACUAUCCGCGUUCUGUUCAUGGUUGCUCUUCAUCACGCUUGGAAAAUCCAUCAACUAGAAGUAGAGAACGCAUUUCUUCAUGGCGACAUUCACGAAACAGUGUAUAUGAGGCAGCCAAAAGGAUUUGAGGAUCCCAGUCAUCCGAAUCAC